AUUGGUUAAUGUUUAACAAUGAAUCACAGUUUCUCUGCAUGUUUCCACCGUCUCUCCUUCAUUGAUCCACAUUCAGUUCUCACAGAGUGAAGAUGUCUGUGUUCCAGUCUCUGGUUGUGUUGAUCCUCAUCAUGUGGACUCUCACCACAGCAGAUGUUGAGGUCUCCUGUGUUUUAGAGGAGAGCUGCAUCUUACCCUGCAGCUUUCAGCCUGGUAAAGAACCAGUCAUCCACUGGAAGCAGGUGGAACCAGUGUUCACUCGUGUCCACUCCUACUACAGUGACAGAGACCAGUUUGAUCACCAGAGCGAGCGCUUCAGAGGCCGGACAUCACUGUUCACAGAUCAGAUCUCCAGAGGAAACGCCUCCAUCAGGCUGACGGGGCUGCAGCUUCAGGACCAGGGCCGAUACAAGUGCUACACCAGCAUCAUCAAUGGAGGCAACAAGGAGUCAUUCAUCAACCUGAGAGUAGAUGCUCCGGUGCGUCACGUGGACAUGGAGCAGGUGGAGGACAGCUUCACCUGCCGCUCAGAGGGGAUCUACCCCGAGCCACAGCUCACCUGGUCCACCAGGCCUCCGUCCAACGUGACCCUUCAGAACCAAACCUCAGUGAAGGAGACGGAGCAGCAGCUCUAUGAGAUCAGCAGCACAGUGACACUGUCAGACAGAGACUCUGUUCUGAUCUGCAGCAUCAGCACUCGCAGUGGGAGGAGGAGCGCGCUGUGGUAUCAACCCACUCUCGUCCAUGUGUCACAGAGUGAAACAACAACAAUCCACUGCACUGCUCCAAACACCAAACCCCCGACACACUGGGUGUGGAAGUUCAACCACAGUCAGAUCAUUGUGGACCAGACCGGGGUGGACGGCCCCCCCAGGGUCUCAGAGCAGUGGAGGCAGCAGGUGGAGGAUGUGUCAGCGUCAGGCAGCCUCACGCUGCACCACUUAUCUUCAGAUCACCAGGGAACGUUCACCUGUGAACUCAGUAGUGAAGAGGAGACGCUCUUCAUCAACAGCUACGUGACGAUAGAGGAAGGUUCUUCAGGUUCAGUUGCAGGAAUUGUGGUCGGAGUCCUCGUUGUGUGUGUAGCAUUAGGAGCUGGAGCAGGAUUCUACUACUUUAAAAUACUAAAGAGACGAUACAUUUAUUCUCACAGAGUGAAGAUGUCUGUGUUCCAGUCUCUGGUUGUGUUGCUCCUCAUCAUGUGGACUCUCACCACAGCAGAUGAUGAGGUCUCCUCCAUUUUAGCGGAGAGCUGCAUCUUACCCUGCAGCUUUCAGCCUGGUAAAGACCCAGUCAUUUACUGGGUGAAGGUGGAACCAGGAAACCCUUGUGUCCACACCUACAGAGACGGAGACCAGAUUGAAUUCCAGAGCGAGCGCUUCAGAGGCCGGACGUCACUGUUCACAGAUCAGAUCUCCAGAGGAAACGCCUCGAUGAGGCUGACGGGGCUGCAGCUUCAGGACCAGGGCCGAUACGAGUGCUACACCAGCACCAUCACUGGAGUCCACAAUGAGUCAUUUAUCAACCUGAGAGUAGAUGCUCCGGUGCGUCACGUGGACAUGGAGCAGGUGGAGGACAGCUUCACCUGCCGCUCAGAAGGGAUCUACCCCGAGCCACAACUCACCUGGUCCACCAGGCCUCCGUCCAACUCGAUCCAUCAGAACCAAACCUCAGUGAAGGAGACGGAGCAGCAGCUCUAUGAGAUCAGCAGCACAGUGACACUGUCAGACAGAGACUCUGUUCUGAUCUGCAGCAUCAGCACUCGCAGUGGGAGGAGGAGCGCGGUGUGGUAUCAACCCACUCUCGUCCAUGUGUCACCGAGUGAAACAACAACAAUCCACUGCACUGCUCCAAACACCAAACCCCCGCCACACUGGGUGUGGAAGUUCAACCACAGUCAGAUCAUUGUGGACCAGACCGGGGUGGACGGCCCCCCCAGGGUCUCAGAGCAGUGGAGGCAGCAGGUGGAGGAUGUGUCAGCGUCAGGCAGCCUCACGCUGCACCACUUAUCUUCAGAUCACCAGGGAACGUUCACCUGUGAACUCAGUAGUGAAGAGGAGACGCUCUUCAUCAACAGCUACGUGAAGAUAGAGGAAGGUUCUUCAGGUUCAGUUGCACUAAUUGUGGUCGGAGUCCUCGUUGUGUGUGUAGCAUUAGGAGCUGGAGCAGGAUUAAUAUACUACUGUAUAACACUAAAGACCAUCAACAAUCUGAUGCUACAGUUGAUACAUUCACACUCAGAAAAUUAAGAAAAUAAUGAGAACACGAACCAUGAAAGAAGCAAGUGCUGUUUGAGACAGAAGACCAACAAAAACCUCAGGAUGAAGAAAAGGAGCCGAACACGUAGAAGGUGAAGACGUCCACUUGGAAACACGAGGAGGUUCCAGAUCUUUAGUUGAUGAGGUCGACGUCUGGUUCCAGGUGAACGAGUCUGACCCGGACAACAUCCUGCUGACUUCUUCUUCUGUGAGAGAGCAAACGGCUUCAGCCACUGAACCAUCAAACCCAUUUGAACCCAGCUGCUGGUUUGAGGUGGAGACAUAGUGUUGCUCUAAGUCUGUUUUAACUCUGGACAACAUCCGACAGAGACUUGAAAACCAGCAGCAUAAUUACAUUACAUUUAACACUUUUAUCCAAAGCAUCUUACCAUAAGGGUUUUCAAGUAUGAGGCUGAACUCAGAACAGCAUUAAUCGUAAAAGUACAACUAGCUUCAAUAACUAAUAUCUGCACUGAUCUCCUCAUAUUGCACUAUCCCAGCAGCUUAUAGAAUUUGUUCUUUGCUUAUAGUAUUUAUUUGAAUUUAAUUUUUGUUUCCAAUUUUUUCAUUUAUAAUAUAGAAUAUCUACCAUAGUGUUUAAACUUGGUGGAAAAACACUGAACACUGGCUUCGCUUCUUGUAUUAUGGUGGAUCCUGAUCGUGAAUAGCAGCUGAUUGUUGACCAUUAUUUUCAACAAGAAAAUGUAUAUACAAUGUUCCUCCUCACUUACUCUUCCAUUAUUGAGAAUGAGUCCUUCGAACCACUGUUGUAAAUAUUCUUAUAUUUCUGAUGUUCUCAGGAUCUGAGGUUUCUACGUUAGUUUUAUGUAUUUUAACGCUUGAGGGUUAGAACACAGGAUGUCUCACCUUGUUAAGUUCUAUGAGAUAGAUUUGUGAAUAUUGGCUUUACAAAUAAAAUGUUAUCCACUUUU